AACAAACAGGACAGCGCACCUCCACACCUCCACACCACUAUCACAACCACUACCCACCAUGUCGACGCUCUCCUCCCCCCGUCCGUCAAUUGCUUCAUCCCGCGCCCACUCUCCCACCCCGACCUCCUCCCACCGCCCCUCCCUGGACACCUUGAACACCAAUCUCGGCUACAGCGGUGGGGGACUCAGCGCUUCCUCCACCCCCUCCACUGCCCGGGCAGUCUCCCCGUCUCUCCACCCGCGUCGCAACCGCGCCGCCCUCCGCGACUACUACAACCUCCGCCCAACCGAUGCUGCCACCGCCGACGCCGGGCGCCGAUCCCGCAGCAUCCCCCGCCCGAGCGAGGACCCCGCCCCAAACAACAACAACAACAACCACCCAUCAUCCGUCGUGGCCACGGGGACGGAACUCGACAGCCCGGACUUCGACCCCCAGCGCUACGUCAACCACCUUCUGGCCACCUCGUCGCUGUCCACAGUCCUAAAGGCCGAGAACACGCUCGUCGGGGACAUCCGCACGCUGGACAGCGAGCGGAAGGCGCUGGUGUACGACAAUUACUCCAAGCUGAUCCGCGCGGUCGAGACCAUCGGCAAGAUGCGGCGCAGCAUGGAUGAGCGCGGGGCGCCGUUGACCAUGACCAAGACUCUGGGGCCGGCGAUUGCGUUCGUGGCGGAGACGGCGGGCAGUCUGAUUCAGGAGGGCGAGGAGCAGCAGCGCCGGAUUCGGGAGGCGAAGACGACGCUGGGGUCGGAGCGGAGGAAGGUCGAGAGGCGGACGGUGCAGUGGGUGCUAGGCGCGCCGGACAGGUUGGAGAAGCUGGUUGCUGAGGGGAAGGUGGAGGAGGCGGAGAGGGAUUGGGAGGAGGUGAGGAAGUUGCUGGUGAAGUGGGAGGGGGUCAAGGGGGUUGCGGAGGUCCGGGAGGCUUGUGAGAAGGUCAUGGACCGAGGGGACGAGUCGUCUUGA